AUGACAAUGUAUAAUGUAAAGAAGAAAAUAAAAGAGCUGCUUGGUUUAAAAAAAAAUACAUCAGCUGUUUAUAAAAUUGGUCAACUACUUGAUACUGGAGACGAUGAUGGCCAAAAUUAUUUUCAUUCUAUAUUAGCCGCAUUUGAAACUUUCGAUCAACAAAAUCGAGAUGAAGAAAAUAAAUGUUUUAGUGAUGAUGUUGAUUUUAUUAUUGAUUGUACAUUAUCUGCUAUAGAAGAUGGAAAAUUUCAAAAUUGUUGUGCAUAUUUUUAUAUUUAUCGACGAACUGAAGAAUAUACAAAAAUGUUGAAAAGUUCACAAUGGUUGGCCAAUUCAAAUUUUGAGGAAUUGAAAAAAUGUUUAUUAAGACAAAGUCAUCGUUCAUUUACACAAACAGAAGGUUUGGAACCAAAUCUUUUUAUACAAAAUAAAAGUUUACUAGAAAGAAUGAAUAUCAGACAAUUUAUAUCACAAAUGAAAGUGGAAGACGAUCAUACCUUAGAAUUAUUUUUCGCUCUAGGCAAACUAGCAUUUCAAGUGUCAUUAAUUAUUCAUGAAGAACAACAGCAUCAAUUAAAAUGGACAGAAUUACUUAAAAUGCCAUCAAGAUUAACUGUAUCAGUUUUGCAUUUUAUUGAAAAAUAUUUAAAAUAUAUAAGAGCAUUCGAACAAUUUCCGUUUGAUGUAGAAGCAUUUAUUCAUUCAGUACCUUUUGGUUCGAAAUCAGCAUUCCCACUAAAAACUAUAUAUCAUUUGGCUACUCAACUAAAAUUAAAUGUAAAAGAACUGUGGUUUGAAUUUUUAUCAAUAUUUAAUAUCCGUAGGGAUUUGUAUACAACCGAUGAUAUAGCUGAAUUUCUACGAUAUUUAAGUUGUUGUGAUGAUCAUCUAUUUGCACAAUAUUGUUUAAAUUAUUUUACUUGUGUUUCUGUUGAGAAGGGCUGGGAGGUAUUAAUAUUACUUGGUGAACAGGAAGUCAAUGAAAACAUUUUGAGAGUUGUUUUAUUCGAUUUGAAUAAACAAAUUGAACAAUUAUUUAUCAAUAGAUUUAAUAUGUUGAUGAGAAUAGCUUUAGAUCGAUUACAAAAAAUGAAUGAAAAAAACCGUACAAAUUUUAAUAAAUUGUUGAACACAGUAUUUGAUAAUUAUGUUAUUAAACGAAUAUCAAUAAAUUGCUCAGAAUCAGAAUGGAAAUUAAAAGAUUUACUAACAAUUGCAAAUCGAUUUUUAUCAGACAAUGAUUUUAUUCAUCAACAAUCGUCCUAUUUCUUAACAAUUGUCGAAUAUUUAAUUAAAGCGUGUUCUUCUAAUCAAGAUCAUGAUACGUCAACUAAAAUAGUUAAAUUAUUUAAAGUUUUAAGAAAACUUCAUGAAAGUAUUUGGCAACAAAUUGAUCCAUCACAAAUAAUUAAUGAUGACUGGUUAAUAAAUUCUGUUUUAUCAAUGCCAUACAGUUGGACUAACAUGUCACCAUCCACUUAUGAUAACAUUUGUAAUAAGAAUCGUGAGACUAAUAGAUGGAUUUUAUUUAUUUGGAAUCGAUUAAUCGAUUUAAGUUUAAUAAAAUUUAAAUGGGAAAAUACGCAUGAAAUAUUAACAGCAUUUAAUCGGUGGUUACGUCAAGUGAACCAUCAUCAAUACAAUGUUGAAAAUGUAUUCACUAUUGCAUUAAUAACAAAGUUAUUUAAUACAGCUGCUAGCUAUUUAAAGCCACUCGAAUUGCCAGAUAUAGAACAUAUUAUUGAUUAUAUUUUACAUGUUAAACAAGACCGAUCAAUAAUCAAUAUCAAUGCUUUUUUUAACAAUGGUCGUCAUAUAAUUGAAGAAAUUAUUUCACUGAGAGGUUAG